GAGGAGUGAAAGUGAGAGAAAGUGACGGAGAGAAGAGCGGCACACGAAGGCUGGGUGCAUGGCUUUGCUCUCCUCUCUCUUUUACUUACUUAACUCUGCACUUGUUCCCACUCAGUCGACAAUCGCCCUCACCACAGAAAUGUCGCGGUGGUCCCGACAGCCAAGCUCACUCCUCUCACAUAUAAAUCCUCGGAUUCGCUCUCCUUUCCUCUCAUUACUCAUUUACUCACACCACUGGACUUACUUGUGGUGUCCUCCCAUCCACUUCAUGUGCCGCGUGUGAACCUCAUUGUCUCCUCUCGUCUCGACUUUCUCUCACUUAUUACGACAUCCCUCUUCAUAACCCGCACUGUCAAUUUUGUGGACGUCGCUUGAAAAGAGAGCUCAUUUAGACUUUCUUGUUGUUCUGACGCAGAUCGUCAUCCUCCACAACACACACACAUUACAGCCCCAACACUAACAAUUUACACACACUUUCACCAUAAUUACGGCCAGCGAGUAAGCACUACCGACAUGUGUAUGGUUUCAUGCUACACGCACUCUUCUCCUUUAAACAAACAGGUUUAGCUUUUAAUUACGCUGGCUGAGGUAUUUAGCAGCUGGAUUCAAUAGAAGAAUUUACAUACAUAUCCAUCUUGACUAACAAAACCAACGUUUCACUACCAAGUGAAGUAUUGACAAUCGUGAAAUUGAAUUACCCAACGUAUGCAUGUACCAAUACCACAAACUGAUCGUUAGAAUGUAUACGUAUACACAUGCAUAAAUUUGGCUGAUUCCGAAUUCCACCAACAAGUUGUGUCACGCUCACAUUUACUCCCAUUUAACUCCCCUCUCACACUUGUGCUUAGUCCUUGUGAAAUAGCUGAUCUCGUCAGAGAUGGAAGUUGAGACAUUGAUGUCAUAGCAGUGCAACAACAACCUGCGGCAGGAUAAAAAAAACUGAAAACCAACUCUGGCCCAAACUAAGCAUUCCCAUUAUUAUUAUGGUUCAUAGUGCAGGAGAGAGGACAAGUUGAAAGUGUCACGUUUUCACUCUUCUGUUGUCGCUAAUGUUUUCGAGAGACGGAUUGACACAUAUGUACAGUUUCACCUCUGCCUGUAAUCCGAUAUCAAAAGGGCAUUUAACGGGGCAUUACCCACAUUUCUACCCAUCCAAUUCCCAUCUUUGAUUCUGGUCCGGUCGGAGGCAGUAGGAAAAGAAGAAAUGACGAGCACUACAUGAGCAGUCAAACCAACAAGCUGUUUCUCCUCACACAUGCCGAAUCUUUCUUUUUUGAAAAUAAAGUCAGUGGGAAAAUAACAUAUCAUGACAUUCCAACCCGACACCGACCGAAACAACGCCACUUUUUCCUAGCCAAAAUUCUCCUUGGAUCUUUUGGCUGUUACGCUGCUCCUAUUUCACUCCGGUCUCAUUCUCCCUUCGCCUGCAUCUCAUUUUAUCCCCAACCUCACAAAAUCCAAUUUCGUCAAGAAAGAAUAACUGAAUAACAGAGAGAUUGAGAAUAGUAGAAAGUCAACAAGUAAACAUUCAGUCACCGUCGUCGCCGUCUUUGUGAAAUGGAUUCACUGCAAACUUUGGAGGAAAUGGAGCAGGAACAGUCUCAAGUUGGACAAGCAGAAUCUCACACGAACAUGCAGCUACUAAGUGUCCCAGGCUCGGCAAGUCCUGGAGGAGGAUCGACUGGAGGCUUGGGGACAUGCAAUGUUAGAGAUUCAAAGUUUAUGAGGCGCUAUAGCUGCAAUCCCCAAGGGAAAGGAACCCCUCACCCUGGACACCUGGAACCCACUCCAAGCAGCAGCAGUCCCAGCAUGAUGCGACGGAGUAGUUUAGCAGCAAUCAAAUGGAGCGUCUUAGCUAGAAGAAUAAGCAUGGGACUCGCCCACGAUCGCGAACCUCCAGAAGACCCAACCAAGGCAAUUGCUGACGUGAAUACAAAAGUGGCGACGCUAAGAGAUUUACUCAUCCACAUUGGACAGCCAAGAGAUGGACCCGAAAUGCGUGAAAAUAUCAGAAGAGUCAGACGCCAGACAAUUGAAUCCUGUCGUCACGCUGUUCAAAUAAUUCUCAAUCAAAUACACAAUGAUAUUGCGGAUGGGAUGGUGCCGAUGGAUUUCUCUCCGCAGCUGGUUCUCCUCUUCUUCUGUACUCAGCUGUUAUUAAAGGAGUUGAGAAAAUGCAAACGACUUGUCUUAAAGCUACCAAUCAACAUGGAAGGGUAUUACGACAGUCGACCCGGGCCUGCUGGACCAAACUUUGCUGCUGCUUUGAGCCAAAUUAUUCUAUGUCGUCAAAUAAAUCCUGACUUUAACCAAGAAGAAUUGUGUUCGAUAGACAAAGAUACAGGGGAGAUAUCAAGUUUAUUGGACGACUUGCAAGAAUUUAUGCCGAUGAAUGAAAACUCUCAAGUUGAGGGCUACACUUACGAAGAAGUAUUUGGAAGGAGGUCCAGGAGACGAAGGAGAAACUCUUGGUGUGAUUUCCAGUCUUUGUGUUGCACAAAAUCCUUGAGUUAAUCUCAAACUCUCUCUCUCGCCGACUCUCCUGAUGAAACAGCAAUAAUUCAAAUGAAACCAACCCUAUAUUCUUUCACCACCGAUAGAGAUUCACACAAAUCUGCAGCAAUAAUCACAAAACCAUCAUCAACAACAUUAUCCCCGUUUUAUCCCGUUCACCACUCAAUCAAUAUAAUUAAUAAAGAAAUGUUCAGUGUAAUAAAGAGUGUGAAUUGAUGUCACUAAAUUUCUCAA